CUUAUAGUCAUUUCUAGUAUCCUUCUGUUCUCGCGGUAAUUCAUCUGGCUUCGUCUCAUUUGUACAUUCUAUACCCGAGACGUCCAAUUGCUAUAAGCUUUCUGCUAUCUAAAACGCCACGAUUUAUAUGCGGCGCCGUGCUUGAACCUAUUGGAUGACGAGUAGUGCACCUCAGUUUGAUCACUAUGGGAGCGGAUCAAAAAUAUGAUGAAGAGUCGCUUCAGCACGUCUAUGCGCUUUUGCGAAGAUACAGGUCAAACGAUGUGAUCAGGAUGGUUCUGGACGUUGCACAGUCCCGUCCAGCUUCUACAAUCACUUCCGCUUCGCGCUUAUCCCACUUGUCUUCUGAAUCACGCUAUUCUGGCUUCAGUACAGACUAUGCGCCAUCCUUGCAGUCGUCUGCUUCGUCGCGCUCGCAGCCCCAACACGCGACACCACUCUAUCGUUCUGAUCUAAGUUUCACAAAGCCUGCCAUGGCCUCCGCAUCCCCAAUCUCGGAAGCUUUCAGCCCGGCUGAUACGCUGUCAAUACCUUCGCCUCUCCCUGUUGAUAUUGACUCCAGAUCCAUCACCUCAUCCACACCGAAACGCAAUACAACAUCAUUAAAUGGGGGUCCUUGGUUCUGUACUUUUUGUACUGAACCCACUUCGUUUGCCGCGAAAGCCGAUUGGAAGAAGCACGAGACCAAGCAACACGAGACAGGCGAAGACUGGCCUUGUCCCAUCCAUAACUGCCUGGAAGUACUAGACCGGAAGCUAGACUUUGAAGCGCAUUUCAAACGCGACCACCCACACGUACCCUGCCCAACAGACGUUCGUGUACGCCUUCUACCCCGGCUUGUCUACGGCUGCGGCUUCGAUGGUUGCAAAGCCGUUUUGACUGGAUGGAAAGAACGAUGCGACCAUGUCGCGCUGCACAUGAGGCCAAAGGGAACAGAGAAGCGCAAAGGACGGUCAGAGUGGAAAUACUCGAACACGAUACAUAAUCUCCUUCGUCAAGAUGCAACACGCAGCGCUUGGAAGUCGCUUUUUGCAGAGUUCGAGUCUAAGCAGCCACGGUACCAGAUUACAUGGAGUCCUGAGAACACCCGCAUACUGCGGCAGAAGCUAGAGUGCAGCGACAUGCGUCCCAACAUCCUCGAAGUCGUGCACACAGCCCUCAGUCUCCGCGAAGGGCGCCCUUUCAACGACGCUGUGGAACUGGAUACCGACUUCAGAACACCCAGUCAAGACUCCGUGCCAGGGUUCGAACUUCUAUCAGACGAUCAACUGAAUCAAAUCCUGAGCGGUCGAAUCGAACAACCUGCCCCUACUAUGCGGCCUGCGCUACCCUCGCACACGCUCGACCCCAAACUUACUUUCAUGGAGCCGCACCCCGGCGACCUAGUCGCCUUCGACAUCCCGUCUCCUACCAUUAGCGGCCGACGGAUCAGCUACAUGGACGUGGACACUGAAGAUUUUGGCCCGUCAGAUGAAGGGCCAGAUCCCCAGAUCCCACCAGGGCUUGAGCUCGACCCCUCGCAGAUGUGCUAUGGCGCAUCACCGAAGCCGUUUCAGCUUUACUAUCCCCAUGGGCCGACGGUGGAGGGCAUGCCGCAGCAAAGGAGGACAUCGAAGGGGCAUAUUCUGACCAGGCAUUUCAAGGGAAGAAAGGCAUAGUGUUGCAUGCACUUUUUAGACCGUCAUACUGAUUCUUUUAUUUCGUAUGUUCUUGUAGCAUUACAUGUUUUCCGCGCUAUACCCAGAUAUCAUACACGACAACAUAUUUUCUUCGCAUCCCUUACAAUCUAUCCCGGUAUAAUUCAAAAGGCAUCCACACGAACUCGAAUAUCUCAACAUAUCACCAAGAUAGCAUCAUUGCCUCUGCCGCGAUUAUACCAGGUACAAAGUGGAUGUGUCCUCUUACACCACCCUGUCUUAACUCACACUGACUUGGUACCC